GAUUAUAUGAUCAGUUUAUGUUGAUUGCAGGCACGCAAGAGGCGAAGAAAGUUUAUACAUACGCCAUGGAAUUCCGCAGGAAGGUUGGGUUUCUCACCCUCUGCCACCAUCUUUUUCUCACAAUUUCUUUUUUCUGUCUCCAAUUUGGUGUUUCUAGAGAUACAAUUACUGCACACCAUUCUUUGGAAGAAUCAGAAACUAUACUCUCCAAUUCCCAAAAUUUCAAGAUGGGAUUUUUCCGCCCGGAAAAUUCUACCAAGUAUUACGUUGGCAUCAUGUUUAACGUCCCGUCCAUGGCCGUUGUAUGGGUAGCCAACAGAGACAAAGGUAUGGAUGAUUCCAGGGGAAGCAUGGGAAUCUCAGCAGACGGGAAUCUUGUGGUGUUGGAUGGAGAGAAGAGAGUAGUAUGGUCGUCGUCUACUUCUAAAUCUAAUAUUUCAACUUCUUCUCCUGCAACUGCAAAUACUACUGCUCAGCUCCUGGAUACUGGAAACUUGGUGUUGAAAGAUAGCUCAAGUGGAAGCUUUUUAUGGGAAAGCUUUGGUGAAAUCUCCGAUACUAUUGUUGAGGGAAUGAAACUUGGCAAUGGUUCGAGUAUUGGCAUAACAAGGGAGUUGAGAUCGUGGAAAAGUCCAUGGGAUCCAUCCCUGGGGAUUUUUUCUUAUUGUCUUCGUCUUCAACAUCAAGACAUUCCAGAGGUGAUUGUGGUACAAAAUAACAGUAAGAUUUACUGGAGAACCGGUCUAUGGAAUAAGCAGAUAUUCAUUGGAGUGGUGAACAUGAAUUCUGGGUAUGACUAUGGAACUCAAAUCAUUAAGGAUGAUGAAGGGGACAUCACCUACGACACCUUUAAGAGCAUGAAGGAGUCCACUAAAUUGCACUAUGUCCUCAACUCUGCUGGGUGUCUGGUGGAGAAGCAUUGGGAUGAAGAGAAGAGCCAAUGGGUGUUGAAAUCGGAACAAUGGGUGGUGAAAUCGGAAAUUGGUACAAGUGGGCAGCAAUGUGAUCUGUAUGACAAGUGUGGGCCAUUUGGAAUUUAUGAUCCCUAUGCUUCAAAAAGUUGUAGUUGUUUGAAGGGCUAUAGACCCAAAGAUGAAAUGGAAUGGGGCAAUGGAAAUUGGAGCAGUGGGUGCAUCAGAAAAGCUGCACUUCAGUGUCACAGAAACAGCUCGAAUGAGGAAAACAACAAGAAAGAUGGGUUCUUGAAGUUGCAGAGGGUGAAAGUGCCAGAUUUACCUCAUUUGGUGCCUUCUCUUGAUGAGACUUGUGAAACUGACUGUUUGAGAGAUUGUGCCUGCAUAGCUUAUUCGUACUACACUGGGAUUGGUUGUAUGCACUGGUCCCAGGAUUUAAUUGAUAUCCAGCAGUUUUUGACAGGAGGAGCAGAUUUAUACAUCCGUCUAUCAUAUGCAGAAUUAGACCAAAAGAGAAACAAAAAAGUCAUCAUUAUUGUAAUUACAUUGACUAUAGGCUCACUAGCAAUUGCUUCUUGCCUGUACUUUGGUUUGCUUAAGCACAGAGGCAAAAAAUCUUCAAAAAUCAUGCCUAGAGAAGACGCCAGCCAAGUUAAGCUACUUGAUGAGUUACCAGUAUUUGACUUUGAGAUCAUAGCAAAAGCAACCGAGCAUUUUCAUUCUGGCAACAAGCUCGGGGAGGGUGGUUUUGGUUCAGUCUACAAGGUAUAUGUGGCUUUCGUUUCCCUUGUGACUAUAGUGGAAGGUUGUAUGUACAAAUGA